AACACGGGUACUUGGCUGUCUGUUAACAAACAAGGUUACAGUUAUUUUUAGUGUUAUAUAUUAUAUCUUGUUUGUUUGAAUGCAAAACAAAAAAUAAUCUCUUUAAAUGUUGGAGUUUGUCGGUAUUUGAAACCUUUCUUGGUGCACUCGUGAAACUCUACAGGAAGAGGAAACAAGCGUUGAUAGUAGCUAGUCCAGUUCGUUACUGUCACUAGCUAACAGUUAGCGGCUGGAUUGGUUGCUUGAGAGCUAAAGGCGUCAAUGGUUACCCAGUGCAUCAUGUGAGCUGUGUAAAAGCUCUUUAACACCUCAAAGUAGCCACUAACAUGGUGGUCCUAAAUCUGGCUGUUGGGAACCCUCAGUCUCACUUUUGAAUGGGACUUUGGGGGAUAUGUUGCUACAGAUUAUGGAUUUAGGAAAUCCUCUUUCUUGAGAUUCAGACUUAACAGCUCUUCACUCAGAAAGCUGUAAGCAACAUGGAGAAAGACACUGCAGAGAAGGAGAUGGAUGAUGAGGAGAUCUCUGACGGUGAUUCUGCCUCAGUGCCAGAACCCAGUCUGUGGCAGGGCGGAGAGAAGGAUGACGACUGUGAGCAAGAUGACAAAACAGACGUUCUCCAUUCUCAGGAAAUCCCAACUCCACCUAUUCCUCAAGACCCUGGAGCCGGUGAAGCAGACUAUUGUGGAUCCACGGAGGUUAGAGAGGAUGCUGAGGAGGUUUCAGAUGGGAUUGAACAUGAUGGUAGUGCUGAUCAUGAGAAUUCCCAGGUUAUAAAUCAAGAAGAGGAUGAAGGUGCAAAGGAGCAGAUCAUGAAUGGAGAGUCUGGCUGGAGGAGCUUGGGAAGUGGAAAAAAGUGCAAGUUAAGAAGCGGUGGAUCGGUGUUAGAGCCGAGCAGUCAGAGUGCUUUUUCAUCCUUUCAGAAAGGUAAUGUUAUCUCAAGUGGCGGUCGCCACAAGCAGACCCGGAGACGCAACCACCACCACCAUCAGCAAAACAGGGGCAGGCGGCGGACUGGCAACCAUCUUGUCUUAGCUUUCAAGGAGAUUUUCUCAGAAUCUCUGUGCUUCUGGUGCAUCUCAUGCAUCCGCAUGUUGAUUGAGAUUAUUGUGACCUUAACUCACAAUUGUGGCAUUGGAGUGGAAACUGGUGUUGUGAAACUUUACGACUUUGGGCAGCAGCUUCUUUUGAAAAUCACAGAUGUACCGGGAAUGAAGGCAGAUGUUAACCGGAUCCUGAAAUGGACAAAACGCACAGGAGCUAACUUGCUGGAUAAAACUGUGAAGUCGGUGAAGUGGGUAAAGACAACAGUCUUGUCUUGUUCCAGAAUUUUCUGUGCUUUAGUCAUUCUCAGCUCUCAGUGGGCAAAGGGGAUGUUGGUCCGUAUUGGUGGAGAGAAGGGGAAACGCUACUGGACAGCUUUCCUGGAGUCAAGGUUUUCGAAGAUGGUGGCGUCCCUGCUGGAAAGAAUUCGAAGCAAGUUCAGGAGGGAUCGUCGCACCCCACCAUCAACACCUGAGUCUCCCGGCAAAGCAGGAAGAGGUGAGCCAGUCGAAGAGCUGGAGAGGCUGCUGGCACUGGCGGAGGUACCAGAGGAUGAGCUGGACCCCUUUUUAGUGCUUGGUGUGGAGGUUCACGCAACAGAGACUGAGCUGAAGAAGGCCUACAGACAGCUGGCUGUCCAGGUCCAUCCCGACAAGAACAAACACCCUCGAGCUGGAGAGGCUUUCAAAGUUCUCAGGGCCGCCUGGGACAUUGUCAGUAACCCUGAAACCCGACGAGAGUAUGAGCUGAAGCGGAUGGCAGCAACCGAGCUCUCAAAGUCCAUGAACGAGUUUCUCACUAAACUGCAGGAUGAUUUGAAGGAAGCCAUGAACACCAUGAUGUGUACCAAAUGUGAAGGAAAACACAAGCGAUUUGAGAUGGAUCGUGACCCAGCUGAGGCCCGCUUCUGUGCUGAAUGCAGCUGUUGCCACAGCGCUGAGGAGGGGGACCUGUGGGCCGAGUCCAGCAUGUUGGGCCUACGCAUCACAUACUUUGCUUGUAUGGAAGGAAAGGUGUAUGAUAUUACAGAGUGGGCAGGUUGCCAGAGAAUUGGCAUUUCCCCUGACACGCAUCGGGUUCCUUAUCACAUCUCCUUUGGCGCAAAGAACAACAGCAACACAACACGACACAGGACGCCCUCAGAAAGUGCCGCAGGUCCCACAAACCCGGCCGAUUUGCAGGACUUCUUCAACAGAAUCUUCAAGGGAGGACCCCCUAGUGAUAUGGCUGCCAACGGGAACUUUUUCCCCUCAGGUCCGCCUCCUCACCACCCCCCUGGUGCCGGAGCAGCUUCCUUCUCACCUCCACCAGGUCCCACAGGCUUCUUCAUGCCGGGGGGACACCGGCCCGAAUCCAGCGAGUCGUGGACUGAGAGCGGCAAACCGCCCCGAAGGAGGAAGAAGGUUCGCAAACCCUUCCAGAGGUGAAGCCCGCUGAGCCGUCCGAGCAUCGACCUCACCAGCGCAGGGACUCGAUAAAUAACGCCCAUGUUCGUCUCCCGCCUGCCUUUUGGCGCCACAAUCUGGACUGGAGAGGAUCCCCGGGUGGAAGGCUGCAGUCAGAUCGGCCAGAGCAGAGAGACACUGAUCACAAAGAGGACGCAGUUGACUUAAUUAAAAGCGUUAGCGAGGUGGUGGUGAUGGGGCCUGCACCUCAUUUUGUCACCGGUCUUAAACAUGACUGUAGCCUUUGAAACUGAAGUCAUUAUCAGGAUGCUGCAAUGAAACAUUUUUUCUUUUCAUAUUUUCCUGCCAAAUCCUUCGUCUCUGCAUGAGUUAUUCACCCGCAUUUUCAUGCUUGGGUUUUGUUGUUUUUUUUGUUGUUUUCUUUUUCGGCUUUGUUCUUGCUUUGUGUGAGGUCGCUCCUAACACGCCGGCUCCUGGCAGAGCGCCUGCUGAGGAGUCGGUGAGAUUAAUGGAUCACUUAACUGAGCUAUGAAAAGGAGGAGCUGCACAGCCUCACUGCGUCUGUGUUACGGUUAAUAAUGAUGUUUGGACCUGCCUCUGGAGCAGAGCCAGAGCAGGGCUCUCCAUAAUUCAGGAGCUGAUCCAAACCGGCCAAGCUCCACGCAUCUGAACCACAUUAACCAAAAAACUCACACGUCAGUUUCUCAAAUCUGGGACUUUCCCUUACAGUCCAAACAGUAGGAAUCUGCCAGAUUACACAGGAACAGUUUUUACUUGAAACAGAUAAUUGACAAAAUAAAAGAAGUUUGCAGAGCUGUUUUCUGCUCAGAAGGAUGUUUUCAUUUGAUUGUGGUUACGAUCUGAUUCCGGUUACGCACUCAGUCAUAUUUUCUUCUCUGUGUCUGCUGUCUCUUACAGCCUCUUCAGUGUUAAUGUGGUUCAAAUCUGAAUGUCGCUACUUGACAGGAAAGCAAAUGAAAGCUAAUUUGGUUGUAAUCUCCACAGUGUUGCAGCUCGUAACAUCAGUCGGUGGCUUUGUUGACAUGGGCCUUGCAUAGAAAAUCCACUUUAAUUUUAACCUUAGCUUCAUUUACAAAAGAAGUAAAAGCUCUUAUUGUUUAUGCCUGAUGGAUUCUGAGUGUAGUGGUUUGGCAUCAAUCGAGGCAUUUGAUAAAUGCUUUCUUUAAAAAAAAAAAAAAAAAAAAAAAAGGUUUUUACAGUAUCUUUGCGUUAAUUUCUUUUAAUUUGCACACCCACCUCUGUCAUAACAACAGUGGGUUACUUGAACCAGACUCCUCCAGCUGUGUGCAC